GGCGGCGGCGGCGGCGAGAGACGGCGCUGGGCGGGGAGCAGCGGCGUCCGAGGCGGGCAGAGCGGGCUCGCUGCGCUGCGGCGGCCCCUGCGCUGUGUGGCGAGAGCGGCUGGAAGGGAGGCAGGGCGGCGGCAGGAGGCAGGAGCGCGGCGAGCGCUGGCGAGAGAGAAUGGCGGUGAGGCGGCGGCAGAGGCGCGCUGCGGGCUGUGGGCGAGCGCUGGUGGCCGCGCUGCUGCUGUGCGUGUGGUGCCGGGCGGCGGCGGAGCGGGUCCGCUACUCCAUCGCCGAGGAGCUGGGCAGAGGCUCGCUCGUGGGGCCGCUGGCGCGGGACCUGGGGCUCAGCGCGGACGAGCUGCCGGCGCGCAAGCUGCGGCUGAGCGAGGAGAAGCAAUACUUCACGGUGAGUGAGGAAAACGGGAACCUGUACGUGAAUGAGAGGCUGGACCGGGAGGAGAUGUGCGGCAAGUCGGCGUCCUGCUCUGUCAGCUUCGAGGCGCUGGUGCACAACCCGCUGAACGUUUUCCACAUCGAGGUGGCCAUUGAAGACGUGAAUGACAACUCCCCGGCUUUCAGCAAGGGUGUUCUGGAGCUCGAGAUCGGUGAAUGGACGCUUCCCGGUGCUCGUUUUCCGCUAGAGAUGGCCCGAGAUGCGGACGCAGGAAGCAACUCGCUGCUGACUUACCAGCUCACCAGCAACCCUUCCUUCUCUCUGGCCAUGAAGGAGAUGCCAGGUGGCAAAAAGCAGCCGGAAUUAGUUCUAGAGAGAGCGUUGGACCGGGAGAAGCAGAGUUCCAUUGAUCUGGUGCUGACGGCAGUGGAUGGAGGGGACCCUGCCAGGUCUGGGACUGUCCAGGUUCGGGUCAAUGUGACGGACGCAAAUGACAACCCGCCCGUGUUCAACAAAAGGAUCUAUGAGGCUCGUAUGGCAGAGAAUCUGCCGGUAGGGUCGCUGGUGCUGCGGGUACAGGCGACAGAUGCGGACGCGGGCACCAAUGGGCGGGUCUCCUACUCCUUCGGCAAUGUCCCGGAAGACGUCCGCGCAUUAUUUGCAUUCGACGCCGAGAGCGGAGAGGUCAGGACAGCGGGUCCCCUCGAUUACGAGGGACAGAGUAAAUACAUCUUCGGUCUCGAGGCGAGGGACGGGGGUGGGCUCACUGAUCACUGCGAAGUGCAGAUAGACAUCACAGACGAGAACGACAACCCACCAGAGGUCACCAUUCUGUCCCUCUCGAGCCCCGUGCCCGAGGACGCACCGACCGGCACCGUGGUAGCCGUGCUGAAAGUUCGGGAUAGAGACUCCGGUGAGAACGGUCAGGUGUCCUGCGAGCUGUCGGGCGAGGCGCCGCUGUCCAUCGUGGCGUCGUCGGGCGGCUCGUACAAGGUGGUGACGGCGAGCGCGCUGGACCGCGAGGAGGCGUCCGAGCACCGCGUGACGGUGGUGGCCCGGGACCGGGGCAGGCCGGCGCUGUGGAGCAGCAGGGAGCUGGUGCUGGAGGUGUCGGACGUGAACGACAACGCGCCGGUGUUCGAGGAGGCGGCGUACAGCGCGUACGUGGCGGAGAACAACGCGGCGGGCGCGCUGGUGGUGCGCGUGCAGGCGCGGGACGCGGACGCGGGCGCCAACGGGCGCGUGAGCUACUGGCUGGCGGGCGGCAGCGCGGGCGCGGCGGCGCUGGUGUCGGUGGAGGCGCGGAGCGGCGCGCUGUACGCGCAGCGCUCCUUGGACUACGAGCAGUGCCGCGAGUUGGCGGUGGCGGUGCGGGCGCAGGACGGCGGCUCGCCGGCGCGCAGCUCCACGGCCACGGUGCGCGUGUUCGUGCUGGACCGCAACGACAACGCGCCGCAGGUGCUGUGGCCGGCGGCGGGGGCGGGUGGCGCGGCGGCGGGAGGCGUGGCCCCGGCGGCGGCGCCGUUCGAGGUGGUGCCGCGCUCGGCCGAGGCCGGCUACCUGGUGGCCAAGGUGGUGGCGGUGGACGCGGACGCGGGGCGCAACGCGUGGCUGUCGUACGAGCUGGUGCAGGCGUCGGAGCCGGCGCUGUUCCGCGUGGGGCUGCACAGCGGCGAGGUGCGCACGGCGCGCGCCGUGUCCGAGAGGGACGCGGCCAAGCAGCGUGUGGUGGCCGUGGUGAAGGACCACGGGCAGCCGGCGCUGUCGGCCACGGCCACGCUGCACGUGGUGCUGGCCGAGAGCUUGCAGGAGGCGCUGCCGGAGCUGAGCGAGCGGGCGGCGGGCGCCGAGGCGGCGGCGGGCGAGCUGCAGUUCUACCUGGUGCUGGCGCUGGCGCUGCUGUCGGCGCUUUUGGUGCUGAGCGUGGCGCUGGCCGUGCUGGCGCGGCUGCGGCGGGCCGGGCCGCCCGCCGUGCUGCGCUGCCUGGGCGCGCAGCGCUUCUCGGUGGCCGGCGCCGCCUUCCCGGCCGACUUCUGCGAGGGCACCUUGCCCUACUCCUACAACCUGUGCGUGGCGGCGCCGGCGCGCGCCGUGCCCGAGGCCGCUUGGCCGCCGCCGCCGGUGCCCAUCCUGUCUGCGGAGGAGCUUCUGGGCGGGGAUUCCUGCGAGAAGCCGAGCCCGGGCAGCAGCAGCGCCGUCGUGGGAGAGCAGCCCACCGAAUCUGACCCACCACAGAAGAGAUCGGCUGUAGAAAAGCCGAGGCGGGAGGUUCCCGAUGGGUGGGAACGCACGUCUCCGAGACCACUGUCCCAUUCCCGCGAGCUUCCCGUGAACAAGGCAGGGCGGCAUUGCUCGGCAGCGCUCGGUGCCUGCAGUGCCGGCAGGAGGCUGCGGGCGCCGCUGUUGACCGAGAGGAGCGAGAGGAAGCUCGGAAAGCUACCGGCAGCCCCGCCCGCUGCGGACCGGCUCUGUCACGGGAUCGCUGCAUUCCUGGUUCGGCGGUCGGGCGGUCUUGCGAUCACUGCAUCGGUGUGGAUCAGUUCUGCAGCAAGGCGGUGGGACUGCCGGCGGCAGCGGCUGGAAGCGAGAGGCUCAUCGGUGGUCUGCGGAGGAGAGCUGCCGGCGCCUGAGAUGUGCGCGGCGGGGAGGCGCUGGGGCCGGCGGCAGCGAGCUCUGCUCUGGGCCGUCCUGCUGGCAGCGUGGGAGGCGGCGUGGGGGCAGCUGCGCUACUCGGUGCCCGAGGAGAUGCCCAAGGGCUCGUUCGUGGGCGACGUGGCCAAGGACCUGGGACUGCAGCUGCCGGCGCUCAGCGAUCGUGGCGUUCGCAUUAUUGAAAGAGGUAGGACGCAGUAUUUCGCUCUGCACGGGAAGACGGGACAUUUAGUGACGGCGGAGAGGAUCGACAGAGAGCAGCUGUGCGAGAGUGUGCAGCAAUGCGUGCUGCGCUGUGAGCUGAUAGUGGGGGAGGAAAUGAAGUUUCAUGAAAUUGAAGUAGAGAUCAUGGACGUUAACGACAAUGCACCGAAUUUCAAGGAAAUAGACCUGGAACGGAGGAUGAGCGAGGCAACAGCCCCAGGGUCACGGUUUCCCCUGCCAGACGCUCACGACCCGGACUGGGGCCGGAAUUCCCUGCAGAGCUACGAGCUGAGCGGCGACGAGCACUUCUCGCUGGCCGUGCAGGCGGGCCCCGGCGGCGAUCAGCGUCCCGAGCUGGUGCUGGCGAAGGCGCUGGACCGGGAGGAGGCGGCGUUUCACGAGCUGGUGCUGAGGGCGAGCGACGGCGGCGAUCCGGCACGGACGGGCACAGCUCGGAUCCGUGUGGUGGUGCUGGACGCGAACGACAACGCACCCGUGUUCAGCCAGGCGGAGUACACGGUGCGUGUGCCCGAGGACGUGCCCGUGGGCUCUGUCCUCGUCACUGUCACGGCCACCGACGCUGAUGAGGGUCUGAAUGGACACGUGAAAUAUAGUUUCCAUAGAAUUUCAGAAAGGGCAUCCGAACUUCUUGACCUUGAAUCAAAGACAGGAGAAAUAACUCUUAAGGAGUCUUUAGACUUCGAGAAAAUUUCCUCACUUGAACUGGAGGUGCAAGCACAGGACGGCGGAGAGCUAUUUGAUGUGGCCAAAGUCAGGAUCUCCGUGACAGACGUCAACGACAAUGCCCCUGAACUGACAGUAUCGUCGGCACUGAGUGAGAUUUCUGAGGAUGCGCCGUCGGGGACGGUGGUCGCCCUGCUGCACGUCCAUGAUCGGGACUCUGGGGCGAAUGGCGAGGUGCGCUGCUCCCUCGACGGGAACGUCCCGUUCCGGCUGCAGAGCUCCCACGGCAGCUACUACAGCGUGGUGACAGCGAGAGAGCUGGACCGGGAGCAGGUGUCGGAGUACAACGUGACGGUGCGGGCGGCCGACGGCGGGUCGCCGGCGCUGCAGAGCAGCGCGGUGCUGGCGCUGCGGGUGCUGGACGUGAACGACAACGCGCCGGUGUUCGCGCAGGAGCGCUACAGCGCGCGGCUGGCGGAGAACAACGCGGCGGGCGCGCUGGUGCUGACGGUGCGCGCGACGGACGCGGACUGGGGGCAGAACGCGCGCGUGCGGUACCGGCUGUGGGAGGGGCGGGUGCGGGGCGCGCCGCUGUCGUCGUACGUGUCGGUGCAGGCGGAGACGGGCGCGCUGUACGCGCUGCGCUCCUUCGACUACGAGGAGGUGCGCGAGCUGGAGCUGUGGGUGCGUGCGGAGGACGGCGGCGCGCCGGCGCUGAGCAGCAACGUGUCGGUGCGGCUGCUGAUCGUGGACGAGAACGACAACGCGCCGCAGGUGCUCUACCCGCCCGCGGCUCCGCCUGUGGCAUCGGGCAAGGGGGGCUGGUCGGGCGUGGAGCUGGCGCCGCGCUCGUCGGAGCCCGGCGCGCUGGUGGCCAAGGUGGUGGCGGUGGACGCGGACGCGGGGCAGAACGCGUGGCUGUCCUACGAGCUGGCCAAGGCGACGGAGCCGGGGCUGUUCCGCGUGGGGCUGCACAGCGGCGAGGUGCGCACGGCGCGCUUCCCGCUGGCCCGCGACGCGGCGCGCCAGAGCCUGGUGGUGGUGGUGAAGGACCACGGGCGGCCGGCGCUGUCGGCCACGGCCACGCUGAGCGUGGUGCUGGCCGAGAGCGUGGCCGAGCUGCUGGCCGAGCUGGGCAGCGCGGCCGAGGCGGCGGCGCCGGGCGAGCCGGCCGGCAGCCUGACGCGCUGGCUCGUGCUGGCCGUGGCCGCCGUGUCCUGCCUGUUCGUCGCCUUCCUGCUGCUGCUGCUGGCGCUGCGCCUGCGCCGCUGGCGCCGCGAGCAGCUGCUGGCGGCCGACAGCGGCGUCUUGCGCGGCGUGCCGGUCUCGCACUUCGUGGGCAUCGACGGCGUGCGCGCCUUCCUGCAGUCCUACUCGCACGAGGUGUCGCUCACGGCCGACUCGCGCAAGAGCCAGCUGCGCUUCUCGGGCGGCAGCUGCUGCGACACCCUGCCGGCCCGGCCGCCGCCCGACGAGCCCGCGCCGCUGCUCGGGGAGGAGGACCCUGCCGGCUCCCGCCCCGCGGAUCCCGCCGCUCCCUCGCAAGCUCAGCCUAACACGGAUUGGCGCUUCUCUCAGACCCAGAGACCUGGAACAAGUGGCUCCCAGAAUGGAGAGGAAGCUGGAGCCUGGCCGAACAACCAGUUUGACACGGAGAUGCUCCAAGCCAUGAUCCUGGCUUCAGCCAACGAAGCUGCUGACGGUAACUCGACCCUGGGUGGCGGCAAUGGCACGAUGGGGCUGAGCGCCCGCUACGGCCCCCAGUUCACCCUGCAGCACGUCCCCGACUACCGGCAGAACGUCUACAUCCCGGGCAGCAAUGCCACCCUCACCAACGCCGCCGGCAAGCGCGAUGCCAAGAACGCCGCCCCCGCCGGAGGCAACAAGAAGAAAUCCGGGAAGAAGGAGAAGAAGUAGUGAAGAAGAAGAAGGAGACCUUAGAGCUACAGGGCAGCCGGCUCCAGCACUCCCCCAAAACCACAGCCCAGGCCGGAGGACGAAUGUGAAUUUUUUUGUGAUGCAAAAGUAGGAAAUGCUGCGAAUGUAUCUCGUCAUCAUCAGAGCUGAGAGCAGGGGCUCGCUGCUCUCAGGUCUCAUGAUGAAAACCAAUCCGGAACCUAAACCGAACGCAAACAAGUGCCCUGUGAAUAAUGUUUUAUACAAUCCCUCGGGUGUUAGAAUAUGCAAGGGCGGAAGGCCUUUUGCCAUGUCUUUGGAUCUGAUUUGCUCCCAGGUAGUCCGAGAAAGGCACAAGGCUUGUGCUUGGCUUUGCCCAGUGUAAAUAAUUUUAAUGUGGAUCUUUUAAUUUAUAGCCCUUCAGCUAGUUUUUGGAAAGGAAAAGGAAGUUCCUAGCUUAGAGCCCAUGCUCCAGUUCUUCGCUCUUAAAUUUUCCAUUCGUAAAAUUCAUCCCCAGUCAAUGAUGGCGAUGGAUUUUGGAAUUUGGAAGUUGGUAGGGAGUGCUUCAGUUCCUGCUUACCUGGAAAAAAAAAAAAAAGUGUUUAUAUUGCAUGAGUCAAAGGGAAUAUGGCAAAGCUGCAUCCGAAACAUUUUUAGUUUUGUUUUUGGCUUUUUUUUUUUUUUUUCCUAAAGCGUAACCACUAAUGGCCUGAAAUAUGAUAAGGAAAAAGCCCUCCUGCUGUGUGAGAGGCAGGGAGUUCCAUGAGGAGCACGCCGAGGUGUGCGGCAGCUGCCCCGGCGGUUCUAGGGGUCUCCGAAGAGCAGACACAUCUCAAACCUUCUUUGCAGUAAAUAUUUAUAAUGUACAGUCAAUGUUCUUAUGGAAUUAAGGCUAAGAGAGCCUCGCUCCCCCGGCGGCCAAGCCUGGCCUGGUCCCCACGCAGGGGACCCGGGGACGACGCUUCACUGUCUGCACACGGUGUCUGCAUGCACGUCCCUCACCUCACACCUGCACUAGCGCAGUAGCUCCACGGACCCGGAGAAGUCCUCGCAUGCCCACGUGGGGUGACCGCGCCGCCAGCGCCCGAGCCUCGCGCCAGGGCUGCCCUGGGGAAGGGGUGGGAGGGGGUGGGAUGGCUCAGGCGGGGUGGGGAAACUUAUUGCUUCUUGUUCGGGCCCCAAAGGUUGUUUGGGGUGCUCAGGCGGUUCUACAGGCGGUUUUUUGGGGUCUCGCCCAAAGGGGUGGGAUCUGCGGAGCUGCCGGUGCAUGGCUUUGGUGCAGAGUUGGUGGCUGAGUAAGUGAUGGUUGUUCUGGUGGUGUUUGGGGACCAGAUCCAAACAAGGGACCCAAGAGCAGGGGGUGAAGCUGCAAAAUGGGGGGCAAUAAUUAGGGGAGUGUCACACGGGACCAUGCAGGGCCAGGCCGGAGGAGGUGAUGCUCCCGCUGGCUUUGGCGUUUGUACCCUGUGGAGAGAAUUGAAGGAUGAGGAUUAGAGUUUCUCCAUGUGCCCAUCACCGAAGCACCAGGCCAGCUUCCCAUUACAAAGCAGCUCUGAGCCCCUGGGAAGGCAGAUGGGGGCUUUGUGUAGCCAGAGCCAGGAGAGGAGCCGUGGGGUGGCCAGGAAGGGGCCGCGCCGACUUUCCCAGGGGGUGUGUGUUGUUUUUUUUCCUUUUUUAAUCACUAACACGUAACUCACCCGAGCAGAUCCAGCCCUUUCAGCCAGGCUCUCCCCACCCCUGCCCCCUCCCCAAACCCAGGGCAGCAGGAGCACCCACCGUGUUUCAUCCGGAUCCAGCCACCUCCGGCGCUGGCUGCACUGGGAGCGGUUCCCACCCUGUCCCCUGCAGCUGCCACCUGCCCCCGCCCCCUCUAGAAAUGCUGUAGCUGAAUCGUAGUCUUUAUAUUUUCUUUUUAAUCUGCAAUCUGAGGUAGCGUAGUGAGUGUCGUGUAUUUAGUGGCGUGUUAUUUUUAAUCGCGGUAAACUAACUUGUGGACAUCAGUAUUUUCAAUUUCCUCUGUAUCUUCUUUCCAUGUGGUCUGUGCUCCGAGUGUACGUGAAAUGAAACACGUUUGCCCUUUCAAUGUGUCUAAUAUUGAAUUAUACUUAUAUAUUAUAUAUAUGCUUAUAUCCUUCUUAUACCCAUAUAGACCAACGUCGAUGUGUUACACGCAAGUUUUAUACUCUAAUAUUUAUAUUGCUUUUUUUCUUUGGGAAAAAAAAAAAUAAUAAAAUGGUUUCUUCUGAA